AUGCACGACACUAUUGCUCCUGCCUGCUACUGCUGCUGCGCUGCUGCUGCUGAUGCCUCAAGGCUCGCAACUCUAUUAUUUGUCUUGCAUGACCUUGAUUCGCGAUCUCCCAUUCCAGGCUACAGCCUUGUUGACAUUUAUCAAAACUUCAAAAGCCCUGGCAACCAGUGGAUUUCUCACUCGCAAGACAAGGUCCAGCCAUACAACAACAAGCCUGACUCGGCUACACAGGGUAACGACUCCAGGUGGUAG